CGAGGUACUUUUGGUUGAAAGUAUCAUUCUCAGCGAACCCUUGCAGACGGUUCACCAACACUGCAGAGACCUGAAAAUUUUCGCAAAACGCACAACAUUGGAGUAAUAUCAAGGGAACAGCAGUCUACAAGGAGAUCAGUGUAUUUUGUUACAAGAACGAAGUGAUUGAAUAGAUUUUUCUUGAAGAUUUUCGAUGACAACUCGAAUGGAUAUAGACGAGCGUGCACCACUUAGGCACUACUCAAGUUUUUGCCUACUUAAUUCAGACGAAGACAGGCGAAGGAAAAGAUCCAUCAAACCCUGGGCUGUAGGCUUUGGCUUGCUGUUACUAUGGGAUGUUGGUGGAACAUGUUUGUUCACGAUUCGCAGUGUGACUUGUAUCACAGAGAAUUCCACUUUCUAUUUUUGUGAGAAAAACGCGGCUUUUCCAUUUUCCGAAGAACUAGCGAUAACAUGGCUUGCUACACACUCUAUCUUCUUAAUCAUCGUCAUCUUUGCCCUGCAGAAAGUUCCAGAGUUUCUUGGAUACAAAACCAUCUUAAAUCAGCUAAAAUUUCUUCCCUCCUACUGGACUCUGAUGAUACUUUUACUUAUAUCCUUGACCAGAUACGCCAAGCUUGCUAUUUUUUCCAAAUCCAUCGAUUCCUGGAUAAUAUUAAUGGCUUUGGCGUUUAACUAUUUUCUGAGAACUACAUUUGCUGGUUUCCUAAACUAUACUCAGUUGAAUUUUCUGAAGCGUCAGUAUCCCAGUUAUAUCUUUGUGUUGUCAAAGCUUACCGUUCUGGUGCUAUUCGGUAUUUCUCUACUCAACCUGCUCGCCACCAUUUUAGAACUUACUGUAGAAGUUCAUAAGGUGCAUAGGACCAUAGAUGCAAAACGUUCGGUGCAUUUUGAAAUGAUAAACGAUCUUCUGCGUGAGUUUGGUACAACCACUUUCAGAUUCAAAUUGACGAGUUUCUUUUGGCAGAAACUUUUCACUGAUGAUAAGAAUAUUCUUUCCAACCAAGCACCUUUACGGUGAUAACAUGGAUGUAAAUGUUAGGUUUCCUGUGCACUAGGCCUAGUCUCCGCUGAGGUUUUGCCAUUCGACACCUGGUGAAGCCUCCGCGCACAUGUGUUUUUAUCGCUUGAUUUUUCGCCUUUAUUCUUCGGUUAUCGAUUGUUUUAAAUUGACUCACAUCAAAGGAAUAGAACAUUGCGGAAUCAUUAGGAUAUUGUAGCAGUUUUCAGGGUUACAGACAAGGACACGAGCUCGUUUGUAAGGAUUUUUCACACGGUAUUGUAUUCGAACAGUGUGUUAGACAUAGUUGAUCCAGUCAA